AUGGGAACCGUUGCAUCAAAUGCUAAUGGUGCUGAUGAUUUAGGUGCCUUAUCAAAUAUUCCUUAAAAUAUUCGUUCGUUUGAAUUAAAGGUCGACUUAGCAAAAGAAGUACAUCCAACAUUAAAAUAGCUAUAAUUUUGGUCACUUUCAGAUAUUAGAUAAGUUUAUGAGAAAUUUUAAAGGCGAAGCAAUAUUCCAUUUUUAGAUGUCACAUUAUUUUGUAAAGUGGUUCCUUUUACAAGGACAAAUGCAAUGUAUAUAUUUAAACAUUUUUGCAAAAAUAUAAAUUUAUUGUCAGUUUAUGAGUUUUUAUGUGUUUUAGUUAUUUGUGCGUAUACUCAUUAUGUUAAUAAAAUCCAUUGUAUAUUUUUUAUUUAAAAUAUUUUAUUUUAUAUUUUAAAAGUUUUGAUUGUUUUAUUUGAUUUAGAUUGCAAUGGAAGUAUAUCUUUAAAUGAAUUACUUAUUAUUUUUAAAUCUGUAUUUAUGGGUUAUUGUAAACUAACAGAAACUGAAAUACCUACUUAUGGCACGUUAGAAAAAUUUGCUAAACUUAUGUUUUUGAAAUCUGAUAUUCAAGCAGAUAACUCAUUAGAAUUAAAAGAAAUUAUUGAAUGGGUUGAAGGUAAUGGAAAAGCAAUGGAGUUAUUUGCUCGAUUUGAACCUUAAUAUAAAAUAAAAGAAAAUUUUGAAGUGUUUAGAUUUUUCAGAAAAUAUAGAGAAGAAGACUCUCAAGAAAUAUUAAAAUUAAUAAAUUAAGCAUAUUAAUCAGAAUAUUAUCAUUCUGACAUAUAAAAAAUGAUGGGAAAUUAAGGUAAAGUUGGUUACUUAGCUACUACUAAAAAUAGAUAAAAUAAAAUGUUCUCUUAAAUUUUACCAAAACUAGUAAAUAAUGCAGUUAAGGAGACUUAGGCAAUAGCAGCUGACAUUGGUGAUUAAGAAUUAUUAGAAAUGGAGAUUAUAGAAAAAGCUAUUGAUUCUCACGCUAAAAAAUAUGAUAAUAAAAAUGAUAAAAUAGUAAGUAAUUCAACUCUCCCUUAAAUAAAAAUAUCAUCUCCUACUAAGCACAAAAGCCAUAUUUCUAAAAACAUAAUAAUAAUAUAAGGAAAUACUUUAACAAGAUAAGAAAUUUUUAAACUAAAAGAUUAUUUUGAUAAAUUAUCUGACCAUAAUAAUUAAAUAACCAUUAAAGAAUUUACAAAAGCUUUUUCUGAUAAGCCACAUAUGAAAAGAGUAACAGCUAGUUUAUUUAAUUUUUUGGAUUCUAAACAAAGAGGUACGGUUACUUUUGAAUAGUUGUUAAUUAAGUUGUAUCCUUCAUUAACAAAAACUCAUUUAAAAUUGAUUAAUAAUUGGAUUAAUUAAUAUGUGAAUACAUUUUCUAUUGAAAAUUAAGGAAUGAUAAUAGAUAAUAAUGAUAAUAAGUAAGUAAAAAGAAAAAGGGUUUUACCUCGAGCUGCUUUAAAAAGGGUUUAAGAAGUUUUUGAGUUAUUGGAUGUGGAAAAGAAGGGAUAUAUAACACCAGAAAAUUUUAAAGCAUAAUAUAAAUACGGAUAUACUCAAAAAGAAAUUGAAGAAAUUUUUGAAAAACAUAAUAAGGAAAAAGACGGAAAAUUAAGUAUGGAUGAUUUUAUUAAAAUGAUUUUGCCUUUAGAUUAUACAAUAGGAGAAGAAGAGGAAAAUUGA